AUGAGCGUUCCAGGGCUCAGCCGGACGGAGCGGAUGGCCCGGGCCCCCCCGGCUCUGCUGCUGCCGGAGCUGCAGGCACGGGAGGAGGGACCUGUCGCGCACUUGGUGCCCGUCGCGGCCGGCCGGGGCAGCCAUGUGCCCCCCGCUCUGGAUCGCAGCCUGGGCGCUCCUGCUCUGCGGCACGGCAGAAGGGUCACAGCUGCCUGGUGCUGUUCCGGGCUGGAGCAGAGGUCCAGCAAGCCCCCAGGCUGCAGUCUGAGGCUCCCGGGUGCCGCCGUGCCCACAGGCUGUGCUUCAGGGUGGGCGCCACAGGCUCCUUCCACCAGGAAUGACAUCCGGGAUUGCUCCGCGGACCCGCCGUACCUGCCACCGACGGCCACCAACACGACGGCGCGUCUGGCUGUGCUGCGGGGCAUCAUGCAGACCCACGGCGUCCACGCCUACAUCGUGCCCUCCACGGAUGCCCACAUGAGCGAGUACAUCUCCGAACGGGACGCCCGGCUGGGCUGGCUCACUGGUUUCACCGGCUCUGCAGGCACCGCUGUGGUGACGCAGGACAAGGCUGCCCUGUGGACUGACAGCCGCUACUGGACCCAGGCGGAACGGGAGCUGGACUGCAACUGGGAGCUGCAGAGGACAACCUCGAUCGAGUCCAUUGGGAUGUGGAUCUUGAAAAAGGUUCCUGAGGAGGGGAACGUCAGUUUGGACCCCUUCCUCUUCUCCAUCGACACCUGGAAGAGCUACAGCCAGGCUCUGCACGGCUCCGGCCGGACCCUGCUCCCCCUCGAGACCAACCUUGUGGAUCAGGCAUGGGGUGACCAGAGACCCCUUCCCUCCUCCAGUGAGAUCUACAGCCUCCCAGCAGAGUUCACAGGGAGCAGCUGGCAGGAGAAGGUGGCUGGGAUCCGGCAGCAGAUGGAGCAGCACGUGCAGCGCCCCACAGCCGUGCUGCUGUCGGGGCUGGAGGAGACAGCCUGUAAGCAGCCACGGUGCCGUGCUGGGAUCACGGCAGGGGCCACGGGAUUGAACCCCGGCGGUGGGAGGGCGGUGUCAGUCACGAGUGCAGAGGUCUCGUUCCUGGCAGGGCUCUUCAACCUCCGCGGAGAUGACAUCCCCUACAACCCUGUCUUCUACUCCUACACCCUCCUGACCAACACGACCAUAAGCCUGUUCGUGGAGGAGUCCCGGCUCUCGGUGGCGGCGCGGGAGUCCCUGCGCUCGGGCUGCCCGGGGCCGCUGUGCGUGGAGCUGCAGGAGUACGGGCAGGUGAGCGCCCACCUGCUCUCCUACGCCCAGGGCAACGUCACCGUGUGGCUGGGCACCGAGUACACCACCUAUGGCCUCUACUCCAUCAUCCCCCAGGAGAAGCUGCUAGAGGAGAGCUACUCGCCUGUGAUGAUGGCCAAGGCUGUGAAAAACACCCACGAGCAGGAGAUGCUGCGAGCUGCCCACGUCCGGGAUGCGGUGGCCGUCAUCCAGUACCUGCUGUGGCUGGAGAAGACAGUCCCGCAGGGGCAGGUGGACGAGUUUUCAGGGGCUCAGCAGAUCGAUGCAUUUCGCUGGGCGCAGGAGCACAGCCGUGGGCCCAGCUUCCAGUCCAUCUCGGCCAGCGGGCUCAACGCAGCGCUAGCUCACUACAGCCCCUCCAACGGGAGCAGCCGGACGCUGUCUGCGAGAGAGAUGUAUCUUUUUGACACCGGAGGGCAAUAUCUGGAUGGGACAACAGACAUCACUCGCACGGUGCACUGGGGUGAGCCCACCCCGCUCCAGAAGGAAGCCUACACCCGCGUGCUGAUGGGCAACAUUGACCUCUCCCGCCUCAUCUUCCCAUCCAACACAGCAGGGAGAACGGUGGAGUCCUUUGCCCGCCGGGCACUCUGGCAUGUUGGACUCAACUAUGGCCAUGGGACCGGCCACGGCAUUGGCAACUUCCUCUCAGUCCAUGAGUGGCCUGUGGGUUUCCAGUCCAACAACGUGCCACUGGAGGCCGGCAUGUUCACCUCCAUCGAGCCCGGGUAUUACCGGGAUGGAGAGUUCGGGAUCCGCAUUGAGGACAUCGCCCUCGUGGUGGAGGCACAGACUGAGCACCAGAGUGGGGAGAAGCCUUUUCUGACCUUCGAGGUGGUGUCCCUGGUGCCCUAUGACCGCAACCUCAUCGACCUCAGCCUCCUGUCCCCAGAGCAGAUCCGGUACCUGAACUCCUACUACGAGAAGAUCCGGGCACACGUGGGGCCGGAGCUGCGGCGGCAGCGGCUGGAGGAGGCGUACGCCUGGCUGCAGGAGAGCACCGAGCCCUUCCCGGUGAGCAGCGCCGGCACCGCCCCCGCGGGCACGCUGGCCCUCGCCUCACUGCUCUCGGUGCUGCUCAGCCGGCUGGGGGCCUGAUCCCGCACCCGUGGCUCUACCACC